AGUGCCAGUAUAAAUUAUGACCGGCGAUUUUCCUCAGUCCCUGCACCUGUCUCUGAUCUGUCACAAAAAGCCAUCAUGUGUUUCCUUUUAAAGAAGCAGAGUACUAGUCGAUAGUGUAACCGGAGACACCCAGCGUAGGACUGCACAAAGAAUCCCAUUGCGGUUCACAAUGCCCACUCCUCAGAGUAGAGCAGGGAGCACAGGGACCUUCAAAAGUGGCUGUGCUAGACCAGGGCACCGAAGGUGCCCACAAAGCCAAGGACUUUACAGCUGCUCCCAGAGAAUGGACUCCACACUUCGAAGAAAAGACCUCUGGAUUGUGGGUAGCGUGUGCCUUCUGUCGUCUUCGGUCUUCUGGCGCCUGUUUCGGUCAGUGGCGGCGUGGGGAGGCCCCAAGCAGGAACCUGCACUUGAGAAUGCACAGGCUGAGGAAAAUGUGUGGUCCAACCGUGCACUUGACGAAAGGACAAUUGUCAAAGGAGGAAGGACAUCAGCCCUCACAGAGAAAUCUGACCAGAAAGACCAGUUCUCUUCCUUGAAAGAAAAGAUUAUCAAACUCAACAAGAAAAAUGCAGAGAAAACCAGUGCCUCAGAAGUGCAGAGGAAUUGUGUCAUAUGUCACGUGGAAAGGCAAGACAAGAUAGAAUUUGUUCAGAGGAAUUCCACAGAGCUAAGAGAGAAUGCGGGUGCAAAAGAUGCUCCAUGCAUAGAAAGUCCGGAGAAACAAGAAAGCAGCAACCUGGGAGAAAAACAAGACACUGAAGAUAACAAUGGAGGGGACAAUGGAAUUUCUUCUAAGGAAGACUCCAGAGGAGUAGAAGCUGAGAACAGAGCUUCAACAGCUGCACAUGGAGCAGUGCUAGACCAACACUCAACUGAAAGCCAGCACGCUGAGGACAUGAAUGGUGGCCCAUCCCAUGAAAGGUGCAUCAGUAAUCUAAAGACCAUUUCUACACCAGGAAUCCUUGGAAAUUCAGCAUCAGGAUCCACUUUCCAGAAUGCUGAGCAGACAGAGUCUACUGGCAGCAGUAAGCGCAGGGUGGCAGAGGAGUGCUUCCUGAGUGAGGAUAACAAAAAGAGCAGAAUAGAUGUAGUGAGAACAGAGGAAGAGCCCACGGCUAGGACAGAGGAAACCAGACAAGCCAGAAGCCUGGAUAAUAAACUCCAGGAUGGAAUGACCACCUCUAGAGAGCAAGACCUGGAGGUCCCACUGGAUGAUGUCCCUGCUCCUGCCGCCCCAUUUGAUCAUCGGAUUGUACUGGCCAAACAUGCUGCAGUCGACAGUCUGUACACCGUGAGCAAAUCUGAGAUCCUAGGAGGGGGGCGUUUUGGCCAGGUACAUAAGUGUGAAGAGAAAGCAACAGGCCUGAAGCUGGCUGCUAAAAUCAUUAAGACUAGAGGUGCAAAGGACAAGGAAGAUGUGAAGAACGAGAUCAGUGUCAUGAACCAGCUGGACCAUGUGAACCUCAUUCAGCUCUAUGAUGCCUUUGAGUCCAAGCAUGACAUCAUCCUUGUCAUGGAGUAUGUGGAGGGUGGGGAGCUGUUUGAUCGCAUCAUUGAUGAAAACUGCAGCUUGACAGAGCUGGACACCAUCCUGUUCAUGAAGCAGAUCUGUGAGGGGAUACGGUACAUGCACCAGAUGUACAUCCUCCACUUGGAUCUCAAGCCUGAGAACAUCCUGUGUGUGAAUCGGGAUGCUAAGCAAAUAAAAAUUAUUGAUUUUGGAUUGGCCAGAAGAUACAAGCCCAGAGAGAAGCUGAAGGUGAACUUUGGAACCCCAGAAUUUCUUGCCCCUGAAGUUGUGAACUAUGAUUUCGUUUCCUUUUCUACAGAUAUGUGGAGUGUGGGCGUCAUCACAUACAUGCUACUCAGUGGCUUGUCCCCUUUUUUGGGUGACAAUGAUGCCGAGACACUGACCAACAUCCUGGCAUGCCGGUGGGAUUUAGAAGAUGAAGAAUUUCAGGAUAUCUCGGAGGAGGCCAAGGAGUUCAUCUCCAAGCUCCUGAUUAAGGAGAAGAGUUGGAGAAUAAGUGCCAGUGAAGCUCUCAAGCACCCCUGGUUGUCAGACCACAAGCUCCACUCCAGGCUCAGUGCACAGAAGAACUGCAACUCUGGUGUUCUGAACCUCACGACCAAAUAGUCCAUGAAAGGAGCCUAUUCAAAAGGAAAACUGCUGCGGUUGCUGCUGCUUUGAGAAGGCUUUUGGAAAAAUCAGCAGUUCUGGUGCCUUGACCCCUGGGAUGACUGGCAGCCAUAGCAUGGGCAGCCUUGAACUUGAACUUGGAGAGGCUUUGCUGGGCUCAGUGGGUGACCCAGGGCUGCUCCCUAGGGGCCCAGGCAGAUGCCCACAUCCCACUUAGUGUUCAGAGGGGAAGAUGUUUCUCUGCCUUUUGGGCUUCUUGUGUUUCAAUGUUUGUUUUUAGUUUGGGAUGUUAGUGGGGCAGCGGAUAUGUUAUGCUGUUUCUUGGACUGCCAGAGUGGUGCUGGAGACACGAAAUCUGGAGGAUGCAUUGGAGGAGAGAAAAUGACUUCUAGUCCUUGCUCUAUGUUUCUCAAGGGGGGCAAUUGCAUCGACGGGAAAAUUCUAAGAUUUGGACCCCCCUUUUUGUGGUUUGAAAUGAGGUGAAUUCAAUGGAUUAUUAGCUUGCUGGAACAGAGAGCUUCUUUCUAAGGCAAGAUCAGCCAUCACACAUGAUACCUUCUAUGCAUUCUGAACUAACUCUCUCUCUCUCUCUCUCUCUCUCUCUCUCUCUCUCUCUCUCUCUCUCUCUCGUGCAACAGUUUCUAUCCAGUAGCUGAUUCCAUGUUCAGAUUCAUGCCCCAGCAUUUUUCAGGGUGCCCCUUGCUCUGGUCUAAUGUGCAAGUUCAUCCCCAUUAAACAUGAUGGCUUGAGGAGGUACAUAUUUGUGCUUGGUCUUUAAAAUGACCGCCUUCAAAAGACAGCCAUAAGAGCUUCCCUCAAGACCUAGGUGUCACCAGUAGGAGCUGGGUCUGUGCAUCCAGGGGAAAUACAAUGUGCGAUGUCCAGGGGGAGUGUCUAGAAAGUGACUCCAGCCUCUGAGCAAACUGAAACAUUUCAAAGAUCAUUAAUCAUAGCUACACAAAUUCAAAACUAUGCAAAUUCCCAUAGGAGUCAAUGGCUAUAGGGGUAAGGCAAAACUGAUUUCUCAUUACAUUUUUUUUUUUUGAGACAAGGUCCUAAUUAUGUAGCCUUGGCUGGCCUGAAAUUUG